AUGGCGGUCGCCGACGCCGAGCAGAUCGUGCGCACCUGCGAAGGGUGCCAGUUCUAUGCUCGGCAGACCCACAUGCCGUCUCAGGCCCUCCAAACCAUCCCCAUCACGUGGCCUUUCGCGGUUUGGGGGCUGGACAUGGUCGGACCCCUGAGCAAGGCACCCGGGGGCUUCACCCACCUGCUUGUUGCCGUGGACAAGUUCACAAAAUGGAUCAAAGCAAGGCCUGUCACGAUGGCCAAGUCGGCACAGGCUGCAGCUUUCUUCCAAGACAUCGUCCACCGUUUUGGAGUACCGAACUCCAUCAUCACGGAUAAUGGCACAAAUUUUACGGGGAAGGAAUUCCUCAGAUUUUGUGACGAUAACCACAUCCGUGUUGACAGGGCGGCGGCGGCCCAUCCGUGCACAAACGGGCAAGUCGAGCGCGCGAAUGGCAUGGUCCUGCAGGGACUAAAGCCCAGAAUUUACAAUCGUCUCAAGAAGCUCGCCGGACGAUGGGCCGCGGAGCUCCCAGCCGUCCUAUGGAGCUUGAGAACUACUCCGAGUGGAGUCACUGGGUUCAUGCCGUUCUUCAUGGUAUAUGGCUCGGAGGCUAUUUUGCCCACUGAUCUGGAGUAUGGCUCUCCGAGGGUGAAGGCCUACAGCGAGCAGGGGUCGGAAGCUUGA